AUGUCCCUCAAUGUUGAGCCGGCCGUCGGCAAUUUUCCAGCCACUGGAGGCAAUGCUACACAUAACAUUAUUUCACUUGUCGAUACGAGGCUCGCUUUCAAGGUGAAGUCAUCAAACAAUGAUCACUAUCGCGUCAGGCCUGUGUAUGGAUUCGUUGAUGGAAAGGUGAGAAUACACAACAAGUUGUAG